GUUGGAUCCUGCGGAACCCCCUUCAACACGAACGAUUUGAUCGUCGCCAUGAACGCACACCAGAUGGAGGGUACAUCCCAGUGUGGUAAGUCCGUCAAGAUCACGUCUGGAGGCAAGACUGUCACCGCCCGUGUAACCGAUACCUGCCCUGCCCAGUUCUGCGCCCCCGGUUCCUUGGAUCUCAGCCAGGCCGUCUUCAAGAGGUUGGCCCCUCUCAGCAAGGGUGUCAUCAGCAUCCAAUGGGAUUUU